AAGCUCUGGGCUUCAAGUCAAGACGAGCUUUUUGUGGAGUCUCUUUAAACCUCUGCAAAGUCAAAUGCAUUGCAUUUCAGUUACCAAUCCAAACGCCUAGAGCCAACAACUAACACCCCGCUUAACUAAAGUUACCGUUAAUUUCGUUUUGAAAUUUAACAAAUAAAUUCAAAGAAAAUAAACAAACGCACAUAGUUGAAAAAUCAUGGCAAAGUUGAAUGCUCUGUUACUAGUGCCCAUUUUAUUUUUGUUAAUUGCAUUUAUUGCCCACUCUGCAUUUGCCACCGUACAGCCGAAAGCUCCAAAUUUUCAAUAUUUUGAAAGACCCAAAUAUCGUUAUCCCUACUAUGAUGAACAUGGACGAGGAAAACUUCUUUAUGGCUACGGCGGUCCCGAACUAUAUCAAUAUAAAACAUACACUCCCCUAGAGGGAAUACACUAAAAAACAGAAACUAUAAGCUUUAAAUAUCUCUAUCUGUAUGUAAUUUAGUAACCUAUAUAAUUUAUGUCAAUUUUCAAAUAUAACAGUAAUCAUAA